AUGGGACUAGAUACAACUAUCAAAAGCUUGGAGGGACUUGCGGACAUUGACUUUUACAAUGCGGUGCACUCUACUUUUCUGAAUGCCCAGAAGGAUGGAUCUUUGAUUUAUUCUGCAGACCAGAAACCCGAGAUCAUUAAAGAGGAUGGUACAAAUAUGAACAUUGAAUUAAAAACAGUUAAAGCGUUGGGUAUUAGACCACACAAUCGUCCUGCUGCUUCUUCUCCCGAGAGCAAAACUGAUGAUGAAAAAUUGAAGUUGCAGCAAGACAAUGACCCAUUUGCUCAUCCAGAACCAGAACUUACAGAUUUUGCCAAACAAGACUCUUUGCUUAAGCCUGUUGAGCUUCAGAUUAUGCAUGCUAUCUUGAAGAACAUCAACAAUAGUGAUGAAUGCAAAAAGAACAAUACGCAGUUCUUUGCAUUUUUUAACAGUGGACCAGAAAGUGGCUAUUCCCAAUUCCAUAAACACAUCCAGUUUUUGAAGCUGCCUAGGGGCUUUUCUCCAUACCAGUCAGGAUUGGCUAGUACAACAGAGUUCUUCCUUCCACGUGAGUUGAAUGUCAACAAGCAUCCAUUAAUUUACCAAAAUGCCAAAUUCAAGCAUUGGAUUCUUAAGAUAAAGGACAGUUUUGAGGACGAGGAAGAAAGGGAAACCAUUCUUGCCAUGCUUUACAUGUUCCUCAUCAGCAGAGUCUUGAAUGUUUCUAAAUCUCAGAAAAUAACAAGAGACAAGGUUAGUUAUAACUUUAUGAUGAUGGACGAUUGGAUGAUGGCUGUUCCAAGAAGUCACGCCAAAUAUGAAGAUGUUUGGCAGAAUGCUUUAGGUUAUAUGGGCUUAUUCAGUGCCAGGGAUGAGGAUGUCAGACAGAAGAUGCUUGAUUUAGGAUUUUCCAAAAUAUUAGAGGGAUGCGGCUUUCCUGUAGAGGAAAAGGAGAAAGAAAUCUCUUACGAUGGAUUAUGGUACUAA